AUGAUGACUGGUGUUGAAAAGCAUAGUACAUGUAAUGGUCCAGUAGAUGGUGAAGGGGAUGAACAAGGCAAGAAUGUAAAAUUGAUGGAGUUGACUGAAUGGAUGCAUCAGAUGGAAAAUCAACAAAAACAAAUUAUUCAAGAAAACAAACAACUCAAAUUACAAAUUCAACACUUGCAAGAUCAGCAAAGCAAUUCUGUCAUCUCCAAAGUUUGGAACUGGGCUGAAAAGUUGCUGGGAUUAUCAUUCAACACCCUGACCCAAGCAUCUCCUGAUCAGGAGCAUCCCACAAUUUCUACCAUCAUUUCUGCUACUGCUAGCAAUGUCAGUUCUCAGACUACAAGUCCUUCUGGUAGCAGUACCAGCACCAGUACCAGCACAUGUAGCUUGCAAUCCACUGAAGUUUCCAAUGAUGUGAUGAAUGAAGUCAAGACUGAAAAAUCACAAUUGAAGGAGCCUGAGGCCCACACAGAUAAGCAUCAAGAUGAUUCUGAGUCAAAGCUUCCUCCAAUUCAAGUUCAGCAGCAAACUACAUGUAUUCAAUCAGAUGGAACUACUAGUAGUACUUGUACUACAUAUACUAGUACCACUCAACACACCAAAGAAUCACUCAAUCAACCCCCUGACACUCACUUCAUCAGCAAUCACAAAGAUCCUUCACCACCACCACCAGCAACAGUUCUGCCAGUACCCGAUGUGGCUGACCAGACUUCACCACGAGGUAUGUGCAGUGACGCCAAUGACAAUUACAAUGAAAACGACAAGGCAACACUUGCUACUGAAAACCUGUUACUCUUAGACACCAACACAUCGACAACCACCACCAUUGCAAGCUCACAGAAACAACCGAAGGACUUCCCAAUUAACACGUCUCCUUCCACACCAGAAACACAAUCUGCAUGUACCAUAUCAGCAGCUGAUGUAGCAGCGAGCAACGGGGACAAAACCGACAGCAACCCAGCUGCGUCAGAGGACGAAGCCAUGUUUGGUGACGACAACGACGACGAUUUCAUUGAUUUGACCACCUCCAUUCCUCAAUCUGCGACGAAGCGAAAGACACCAGAGUCUCCUGACUCGACCACUCUUCCUCCCGUCGAGUGCACUCCGAAAAGCAAACGGGGAAAAACGAGUCACCAUCCCGACGACAUGGUUGAGGAAGCUGCCACUGCAAAAAACAACGACAAUUCGGUCAGCAAUGACAAUACAUGUGCUGGUACGAACAAUGAUUCAAAGGAUACUCGUGUUGGAAACACCAUUCAAACCGUGGCACAGAACAGUGCCGCCAGUGGCCAUGUUUCAGACGAAACUGUGGUUCGAGCCAUUCCAGCUGCAAGCUUGAUGCCAGCCGCACCACUCUCGCAUCCCAAUCAUAAUAAGGCUCUACCCGUACUGGCACCCUGGCGUGGACCGGGUCAAAGACCAAGCGGGGGCCCCCAGUACGGAAUGCAACUGGGUCCGUAUUCGAAGCUUUUACAUGGCACGAGAAACGUUAUUAGUACCAAACAGAAUGCGGCUACUAUCGGUACCACCAAGCAGAAUGCUGCUGCUGCCCCUGACGCCGCAAUAUCCAGUGUCAUUGCCGAAGCCAUUCAGGAGUACCACGACAGAAAUCGGCAAACAUGCGGUCGCUGUAACAAACGGAUACAACCCAACAUUCGCUAUUUGAGAUACAAAUUUCGGGACGUCGCCACACAAAUUGUCCGCAAUCGUAACCUAAGCCGACCAGAACGGAUCAGGGCAGUGCUCGGGCAUUGCGAAUACCUCCGAGAGCACGAAAAACGAAUCCUGGAGGCCGAAGGCAAUGAGGCGUUGUCACUGUGUGCUUGCAAGCACAAGAAAGAUAUUGUUCAAGGCGUCAGGGACCUCGCAUUGACCAAGACGGAACUGGAGCUUCGACAGAGCCGCCUUGCUGAAAUGAUGAAGCGCAAAAAGGAUCCACCGUCGGCGCAAGAAGAACAAGGCGCUUCCGCCGCGCUGGUCCUGUAUUCCAAUAUUCUUGUGGAGAUGUUCUGUUCAAAACUCUUUAUUGGGUUGGGCAAAUGCAUCGACUUCAACUCGUGCCAUCCAAGGGAUUGUGCCUGUUUCGCCAAGCUUGCCAAUAUAGCAAUGAGCGUCCCGGAUGCUGCAUUGGCGGACAGCGUCAUUGGGGAACUCUUCAAACUCAAGACAACCUUGCACAAUUUGAAGACGAAAUCGGAGGACAAGACGUGCGCAGCAGCCGUGGUGGAAACAAUGCUGAAACUAAAGCCGUCGUUUGGAACGAAUCGCCGAAACCAGCUCUUGUAUACGUUUACAAGUGAACCAGGGUUGGCCGUGUGCCCGAACACAUUGCAGGUGUUACUGUUUGGGUACUAUGGUAGUAAGAAUGGCAAAGCAACAGGUCGUGGCUUUCGGGACUUGCUUCGGGACAGUGGCAAGGUCUGGUCGAAGAAAAUGAUCAAAAGGGAUACCGGUAAAGCUCAUGACGCAAGUGCUGAUCCUAACCGUAUCGGUAUCACGCGACCCACAAACGCGACAGUGAUGUCCAACCUGCCUAAAACUCAGAGUUCCUGA